AUGGUCGGGGUUGGGAACCCCGACCAAUUCGUAAUAGACCUAUUUCGAAUUGGUCGGGGUUCCCAACCCCGACCAUUUAGCAGAGCCCAGCAAGCGCUGGGCUCAACCACGGACGAAAUGGUUAACAGAGUAGAUGGUGAUGCAGUGACGGGCACCGAUGACUUCAAUUAUGCGACCAAGUGUGAAGAAUUGUUCGGUCGCACUCCUACAAUGAAGGGGGGAAAGAUCAAACUCGAAUGGUUAAGGAAUAACUUUAGUAAUGUACCGAUCGAUGCGACUGAUGAGAUCAUUAAGCGCUAUGCCCGUGCAUAUAUUUUACAUAUGAUCGGUACUAUUCUGUUUCCGGAUUCCACUAAGGAUUCCGUGCACGUGAGAUGGUUACCGCUUCUUGGGGACCUAGAAGAGUGUGGAGAGUUAUCUUGGGGGAGUGCAGUGUUAGCCUACUUGUAUAGAGAGAUGACGAAAAUAGCACUCGUACAAAAUAAAGAAUUGAAGGGCUGCCUCACUUUGCUGCAGAUAUGGUCAUGGGAGCGAUUGCAUAUGGGAACACCUGAUUUGAGGGAGGCCCGCGCUCUCGAUGGGCAUAUUCCGUUAGGCUGCAGAUGGAAUGUGUCCAGAUCUUGGCAAACCUCUCCAAAGGGGCAUGAAAACUUUUACAGAAAUGAGCUUGAUCAGAUGGAGGAUGAACAGGUCAAAUGGAUGCCCUACGAGCUAGUGUUGGAGUCACUACCGGAUAUUUGUCGGGAAGGUGAGGAUGUAUGGCGUGCUCGCAUCCCACUUAUAUGCUUUGAGAUUGUUGAAAUGCACGUGCCUGACCGUGUGCUUCGACAAUUUGGACUACGGCAACAUAUUCCAGCGCCUGUGGAGAGAAUAGAGAGAGAUCCAAGAAAAGGUGGGAAUUAA